AUGCUGGUGCAGCCUCAACCACCUUCAUAUGUCGCACUGAUGAGUGUGCUCGCUUUCAACAAAUCUGACCACCACCACCACCACCACAACCACCACCACCACCACCACUACCGCGUGGCACUCACCACGAGGAUGACCGAUGCAAAGGUGGAAGUGAGUGUGUGUAGGCUGGAUGAUGUGGGACCCUCCAGUGAGGCAUUGACGGAGUUCAAACGAGUUGAAACUCACUGUGCCAGUCUUGCUGCGUUGCUAAAUGCACUGUCACCACCAUCUGCGAAGGCGAUCAUUCAUCCACUGCAGCGGGAGAAGCAUCAGCAUCUAAUGGUGGUUUUAAAUUGCUACCCUGCAAUGUCUUCUACUGCUUCCACAGCAUCCAGCAACAAUAGCAAUAACAAAUCCAACACUGUCCCCACAUCCACAGCCAACGGUUCCGAGUUCUCCCAGGAACAAUGGUUGGAUCUCCUUCGUGUUCUACCAUCCAGCAGUCGAAUGAAUCUCCAACUAGCUUUAAGGCAAUUUCUCCAGGAGACAGGUGACAUUGAAACUGACAAAAUCGACCAAAAGACUCCCCUUCCGGAUGCGUCGACGUUGGUUCGUGCCUCUCUGCCACUAGAUGACAUGCCGCAGAAUACCUAUGGAACUGAUCGAUAUCUCACUUUGCUGAGACAAUCCCUUGAGUUGGAUCGCAAACCUCUGAUUCCCUCGGCCACACUGGACACACCUAACGGUCUUGACACUCUGGCAGCUGCAGCAUUGGCAAACACUAGUGCUGAGUUUGGCGAAAUGAAGCGUUUUGUCUGCUCAAGGUCGCGGCUGGUGUGUGCCAGAGGAUGUGAGGCAGAUGUUUGGCAGGCGGGGAGAGGAGAGGCGGUGCGGAAGGGUGGUGAGGCGAGGGGGGCGAAGCGAAGGCGGGAAUCAGAAGGAGCUGAAUAUAAUCCGUUAGGGUGUUCCUUUAAGCUAGGGCAUGCAAUAAGUGAUCAUGAAGUAACGGUGGGAGUCGACAGUGUGCACGUGCGGACAAAUGUCACCUCCACAUCGGCAGUUACUGUGAUUCAAGGCAAAGCAGUGGCAGGUACUGGAAUGGUAGCAAUCCCCAUAACUGCCCAAAUGGCUCCAGCUCUUCUGGGCGGUUUCAAGACCGAUUCGAGUCAACGUCAAUCACCGACUAUCCGGGAGACCCCGAAGCGGUUAGCUGCCACACGCGCUGAGGCCGAACAAGCUGCUGCAGCUCAUGCUGGUACUAACACGGCAGUAAAACGCAAUCGUUUGGCAAGUGACAGUGUGAUGGAUGAUGUAGAAAUUUCCACUGCUGCUGCGGCGGCCGCCACUACUGCUGCCAAUCUUCUACUCUCUAAUGGAAGCCUUCCUAAGUCGUCAGCGUUAAAACCAGAUCCUGAAUGUGUCGGCGCUACUUACGCUUUCCAUGGAGGAAGUACUGAGUUCUCCAGUAACUGGAACCUUCCUUCUUCCUCAGCUGUCGCGUCUGCUGUUAGCGGUGGCAGCGUAAUCCUGACGGAGAACAAUCGCCGACGGACAAGGGACGAAGGGUGGGUUAAAAAUUAUGGCAGUAGAGACGAAUCCUUUUUUUCCCUCCUUCGUACCAUGGCCACUGGAUUACCCUGGCCUGGACUUUUUUAUGCCUCUCUUCUCAUUGGCUGUUCGGACGCGUAUACGCGUGCAUGCGUGCGUGCGCAGAUCACCGAUGACGAAGCAGCUCGUCGCGAGAAGCGCCGAGAACGCAAUCGCGUAGCAGCCGCCAAGUGCCGACAGAAUAGGCAAAAUCAAAUUGAGGAGUUGAAGGCCAGACGAAAGCUCCUUGAAGAUGAGGGUAACCGCACUCGACAGCUCAUUCAAAAUCUUCUUCAUGAAAAGGCGCAAAUGGAGGAGUUAUUGAAGAAGCAUGCGCAAAGCGGUUGCCCCGCAGCAGCCCAAUACUUUGAGAAUGGGACCCUGCUCCUUCGCCUUUCUGCGGCAGCAGCAGCCGCAUCAUCAACGUCGGCAUCAACAUCAGCAUCAGCCAAUACGACAUCCGCACAGAGCAUCCGGAUAAUCCAGCCUUCUAAUCCCCAUCAACUUCAACUCCCCAAUCCUGGAGCAGCCUCCAUAGCCUCCACAAUUUCGUCCCCUGCGGUAAUUAAGCCAGAGGCACCUAGUUCAAGUACCCCGAUGACCUUCGUACCUGCUCAGCGACCCAAUACCCUCUCCUUGGUCACCUCGACGAAAGUGGAACUUCCUACACCGAUGCUGGACUCUGCGGCUGCGUCGUCUGCUACGACAACCCAUCUGGCUGCACAUUUGUGGUCACCGUCGGUGGCAGCAAAGAUUAAGACACCGGGAGGUGAAAAUUGGGUGAAUAGUCAAAUUGGAUUGCCACCAAUUACUGUGCGGCCGGAGAAGGAUGUCACCACGUCUGCAACAGCUAGUACAACAACUCUCCUCUCUACUCCUGAUAUCCUGCAUCAUCUUGGAAUCUCUUUGGCAGCUGCACAUGCAUCAAGCAGCACAGUAGCUAACAAACCCAACACCAUCCAAAUUGGUUGUACUGAAGGAAAGAACACCCCAACACUAACGUCACCUUCUGCGUCGUCCACACCUUCCACAGGUACUGCUUCCACCACGACCGCAACGACAAAUAUGGGCUAG